AUCCCUACCAAUAUUGAGACCAAACCUACGCCCUUGCUUUACAGUGUUGUAUUGUAUUAUAUUAUAUUUAAUUUGAUUGCUUAUUUUAUUUUUUUUAUAUAUAUAUUGUGUGAUAUUCUCUUUUUAUCUGCACUUGGAAGCUCCUGUCGCCAAGACAACGUCCUUGUGUGUGUAAACAUAGCCUACUUGGCAUUAAAUCCCAUUCGGUCCGAAUGCCACAACACAGGAUCAGAAUCCGAAUGAUGCUGAUUCUGAAUCCGUGUUGUGACGUUCAGGCCUGAGGUGAUUUUGCUCUGGUACACAUGUAAACAGUAACGUGUGGCGUUCAUGAUGUGUAGGUUUCUUUCCGCGCUGCAGCGCAACGAUGCCGCCGAGGUGGACGAAAUCCUCCGCACCAGUAACCUAGAUAUAGACACCGUGUUCGAAGUGGAAGACCGAAGAAGUGUCCUGGCGUCCUAUAAACAAGGUUACUGGCUACAUAACUUUAAACCGGAGUCCUCAUGGGCGAUGGGCAUUCACAUAUGCAUGAUGCACAAUGCGAUAGAAAGUGCCUUAGUGCUUCUGCAGAGGGGGGCGGCAGUGAACAGGAAGCCCAAUGGGAAAACACCACUGCAUGUUGCUUGUGCAGUGUCUCAUGCUGACUGCGUGGCUCUGCUGCUCAACUGGGGAGCUAAUGUCGACAGCCUGUCCCUGAGUGGACACACCCCACUGCAUUACUGCACAACGCAGGAGUCAGUGGACUGCGCCAGACAGCUGAUCCUCAAAGGAGCAGACGUGAACAAGCCGAGCCAGAACAACGAUAAAGACACUCCACUACACACAGCCGCACAACUUGGUGUCUCUGAGCUGGUUGGCCUUUACAUUGCACAUGGUGCUGAUGUGAAUGCAUUCAAUGCCCAUAUGAAGACCCCUUUGAUCACCGCUGCAUUCUGGGCUAUGGAUGCUCGUGUGCAGACUUACAGCGAACAGCACCAUCUUGUGUGCCACAUACUGCUGGACUAUGGGGCCAACCCAAACCUCCAGGAUGGAGAUAAAAAAACAGCGCUGCACAAAGCCUCAUGGAACUGCGACCAUACACUGAUGCAGAUUCUGCUCGAUGCUGGGGCCGAUCCCAAGAUCACGGACAUGAGCGGUAGUCCAGCCCUUCAGUACACACUAAAUAUGACGCGGAUGCGGCCUUACUGUGAACCAUAUCGCUGCCUCCAGCUCCUGCUUAACUACGGAGCAGUCAGAGUCUACCCAAAUCAGUUCUACAAGGUGUUGGAGAUUUACCAUGAUGACCCUAGGACAGUUGAGGUGAUGGUAAAUUCCUAUGGGCAUCUCGUGAGUACACCACAAUGGAGGGAUGCGAUUCCUAAGAAAACAUACAAGGAACACAGGAUGUUUUAUGACUCACUGUUUGCUGCCUGCAAGACUCCGCGUUCUCUGCAACACCUGGCCAGAUUUGCCAUUCGCACGGCAAUGUGCUGCUCCUGUGAAUCAGAGAAGUUAAAGAAUUGAGAACGAUGCGAUAUUGAAGGAUAAAAUACAUUCAUAAAUGAAGACGUCGUAAGCUAGGUAAGUUUAACCACCACUCAGGCUGCCACUGACCUCAGAAAGCCUUUACCCAAGGAUUUUGAUCAACCAUUUACUCCGAGCUGAUCCUGUUAUUCAUGUAAACUUGUGUCACCUCCUGCUGCUGACUCUCACUGCUCAGAGGUCAGAGUUCUGGGUGUGUUUGUGAGUGAGCUUAGAGGAAAGUGUAAUCAAUCUCCCAUACAGUGUCAUCUGGAAGUGCGCAUCCCUCUUUCCAUUCAGAGCAAAAAAAAAACCCCCCAAAAAACCUUGUAACCAUCAUGUCAUAGACCCCUGCAUCAGAACAAAUUCCCAGUAUGAAAUCUAUAAAUACUCAACCGCGUGCAUGCUCUUGCCCCUACAUAAACAUUUAAUCAGAGAUGAUGGCGUCUUUCAAAACGGCAGCUCGGCGUUACUAAGUGAAAGGUCAGGGAGUGAUUCCAGAAACAGAGCUGUGUUUGCUAAAUGAGAUUGUGGUGUGGCCACAGGAGUGUUCAUGAUGUGUACGGCAGGAGAAGCGAAGGAAAAAGAGAAUGGAGUGUUGUAGGCAUGUGGCUGAACUCCAGGACUACACACUGGCACCAUGCCAAAAAGCCAGCUCUGCUUCUGAAACAGGAAUAGAGGGGAAGGAUAUGUGGAAGGAUGAUGCAGCAAAAAGUUUUAGAGCAAACACUUAACACUGGUACCAUUAAUAUCAGUAGGAAAAAAAACUGGCAAGUAGCACACAAAGAUUUCAGAGAAGCUGCAGUGCUUUGCUUAAGUAUUAACCCCCUUGAACAUUUCCAGAUUUUGUAGUGUUACAAUUUAGAAAUGGGCACAAUUGGGAUUAGGACAUGAAUCUACACAAAACAGCCCAUAAAACUGAAGUGAUGGACAAACAAUAUAGUUAUCUACAAAUAAAUUAAAGGAAAAGUUGUGAUUGCAUAAAUAUUCACCCCCACUGCUGUGAAACCCUUAAACAGUUCUGGUGCCACCAUUCAAGUGUCAUAUGAUUUCAAUAUACGCACACCUGUUCCUGGAAAGAACCAGAGUUUGUUAGGGAACAAACUCCAAACAAACAGCAUCAUGAAGACAAGGGAACUGUCAAAACAAGUCCAGGACAAAGUUCUGGACAAAGUAGUGUCAGCAUUGGGUUCCAAAAAAACAGCUACAUACUUCAUGUUGUAAAAAGAUCUAGCCUGCUAAAACUAUUAUUUAGUUAGCAAAAACAUUGUGUGGAUAAAAAAGAGAACAAACCAGGAAAAACAACUCCAGGUUGUUUACAAUGUUUUCCUUUCUCUAGCUAAUAAUAAUAAUAAUAAUAAUAAUAAUAAUAAUAAUAAUAAUAAUAAUAAUAAAGGGUGCACAGUGGCUUAGUGGUUAGCACAUUCGCCUCACGCCACCAGGGUUGGUGGUUCGAUUCCCGCCGCUGCUCUGUGUGUGUGGAGUUUGCAUGUCCUCCCUGUGCUGCAGGGGUUUCCUCCAGGUACUCCAGUUUCCUCCCCCAGUCUACAGACAUGCAUGGUAGGCUGAUUGGCAUGUCCGUAGUGUAUGACUGGGUGUGUAAAUGUGUGUGUGAUCGUAUUGGCACCCCGUCCAGGGUGUACCCCACCCUAUGCCCCAUGCUCCCUGGGGUAGGCUCCAGGUUCCCCAUGACCCUGAAUGAUCAGCGGUACAGAAGAUGGAUGGAUGGAUAAUAAUACAAUAUCAUAACAAGUAAUUACUAUUGCCCCUCUCAACUGUCCAGCUAUAGACCAAUAUCAAAUCUCCCCUUCCUCUCUAAGAUCUUAGAAAAGGUUGUAGCAAAGCAGUUAUGCUCGUACUUAGAUAGGAAUAACAUUCAUGAAAUGUAUCAGUCCGGAUUUAGACCUGCACAGAGACAGCGUUAGUUAAAGUGGUAAACGACCUACUACUGGCCUCUGAUCAGGGUUGUGUCUCGCUGCUUGUGUUACUCGACCUUAGUGCAGCUUUUGAUACUAUAGAUCACACUAUUCUCCUUGACAGAUUAGAAAAUGUUGUUGGCAUUAAGGGAACAGUCCUCUCCUGGCUCAGGUCUUAUCUGACCGAUCGCUAUCAGUUCGUAGAUGUAAAUGAAGACUUCUCCACGCAUAACGAGGUUAAAUUUGGAGUUCCACAGGGUUCUGUUUUAGGCCCACUGCUUUUUACUUUAUAUAUGCUACCCCUAGGUCAAAUUAUUCGUAAGCAUGGAAUUAGCUUCCACUGUUAUGCUGAUGAUACACAGUUGUAUGUUUCAGUGAAGCCAGAGGACAGACAGAAGCUUAGUAAGGUUGAGGAUUGUGUAAAGGACAUUAGACGUUGGAUGUUAACUAACUUCCUUUUACUUAAUUCUGAUAAGACAGAAAUACUAUUAUUAGGAUCACGUGUAGCUAGAAGUAAUCUUUCUGAUCACAUGGUUACUCUGGAUGGACUUUCUGUUUCAACAUGUACAGCAGUUAAAGACCUAGGUGUGAUUAUUGACUCCAGCCUAUCAUUUGAUGCUCAUGUAGAUAAUAUUACUAGGAUAGCCUUCUUUCAUCUCAGAAAUAUUUCUAAGAUAAGAAAUAUAUUGUCACUACAUGAUGCAGAAAUACUAGUUCAUGCAUUCGUCACCUCUAGACUAGAUUACUGUAAUGCCUUACUGUCUGGACGUUCCAGUAGGAACAUAAACAAACUCCAGUUAGUCCAGAAUGCAGCUGCUAGAGUCCUAACUAGAACCAGAAGAUACGUUCACAUCCCCCCGAUCUUAUCCGCACUGCGUUGGCUCCCAGUGAAAUCUUGCAUUGAUUAUAAAAUACUAUUAUUAACCUAUAAAGAACUAAACGGUCUCGUGUCACAGUAUCUAAGCGACCUUUUGGUUUUCUAUGAUCCGCCACGCCUACUUAGAUCAAAAGAUGCAGGCUAUCUGACGGUACCUCGAACAGUGAAGGCUACAGCAGGGGGAAGAUCUUUCUCUUAUAGAGCCCCACAGUUAUGGAACAGUCUUCCAAUUAGUGUUCGGGACUCGGACACAGUCUCAGUGUUUAAGUCUAGGCUUAAAACGUAUUUGUUUACUCAAGCCUACCCUGACUAGACUUUCUAUUAUGCUAAGCACAGUCCUAACAGUCUUUUCUCUCCCUCUCUCCUUCUGCCGAGCCACACACGAUUUUAUGGAGAUACUAGAGAUCCUGAUCCUCUCUGCUCUCCGGACCUGCCUGAUCCGUUUCGGAUGUCCUGCCUCUGGAUGGAGCUCUCAUCUACUCCAAUUCCCGACUGCUGGGACUACGGCUGCUCCUAAGGCCAAACAGACUUCAUAUGAAUCCAUAAUGAACUUUUUCACACUAUCCGUUGUUACCCAGAUGAGGACGGGUUCCCUUCCGAGUCGGGUUCCUCUCAAGGUUUCUUCCUCUUAAAACAUCUUAUGGAGUUUUUCCUCGCCACCGUCGCCACUCAGUGGCUCGCUCAGUCGGGAUAAAUUCGCACCUGUAAUAUCUGUAUACCGUGUUGAUAUUUCUGUAAAGCUGCUUUGAGACAAUGUCUAUUGUACAAAGCGCUAUACAAAUAAAACUGAAUUGAAUCGAAUAUUGGCAAUUUUGUUUAGAUGCAUGACAUAUAAUCCAAAUUAUGUCCA